UUCCACGUCGCUUCGUUGCGUGCGCGUUGAUGUGAUUUUUCGUGUUAUGUGAAAAAAGCAUAAAAUACCUUAAAUUUUACAAAUUUAUUUGUAAAAUCUAUACAAAAGUAAGAAAACUUAAUCGGGAGUCGCUGUGUUUUCAUAUUCAAAAGAAAUCAAAACAGAAUAGAAAAACACAAAUAGGAACAGAAAAAUCGUGACCGUUACUUUUGCGAAAUUGUCGCAAAGGCGACAAAAAAAUUUGUCGUCCAAACUUGCUCAUCAAUAAAACAUUUUAUUGUAACAUAAAAAGGCAAAAAAAAGUAAUAAACAUAAUAAAACCAAACCAAAAUUUUUUACAUAGAAAUAUUUGUAAAAAAUAAAGGAAGAAAGAAAGUUUAGAAUAGUGAAAAACUUGCAAAAUAAAUUUGCAAUACACUUGUGACAAACGAUCAAUUAAAAAAAAAAAACAUUCAAAUAAACAUAAGCGAAUUAAAAAUACAAAUAUUAGAAUAAAAAUCAUUUGCUUCUAAACACGUAUUCGCGAAAAAUUAAAGGACUUUACAUACCUAAAAGUGAAAAGGCACCUUUGUAGCCGUGAAGUGAAAAGGUAUAUUUGGCAGUUGACUGCCAAACAUAGCCUAUUAACGCAGGUAUUCUUGAAGGCUACCCAAGCAACUACCUGUCUUAAGAUUUAACUACGAAUUGUACCAAAUAUUAAUCAUAAAAGACGCAGCAACAACAAAGGAAGCGGUCUUUCAAAGAUCCUCCUAUGUUCCUUCAAACGGGAGGGGGUGGGAAGGGAAUACGCCCAAAUCAACAGCAUCAGCAGCAGCAGCAACAACAUCACCACCAGUCGCAUCAUCAAUCGCACCACCAGUCGCACCAUCCACACGCGCCACAACCGCAGCAGCCGCAACCACAACAGCAGCAACAACAACAACCGCCGUCCGUACAUCACGGUCAUCAAGCGCCCCAGCAAACGCAUUCCCACCACCCUCACCAUCAGUCACACCAGCAUUCCCAUCAACAGCAUCAGCAACAUCAACAACAGUCGCAGCAGCAGCAACAACAGCAACAGCAGCAGCAGCAACAGCAACCACAUCAUCAUCCGCAGUUAGCCUACUAUCCGUAUCAAUUAAGUCAACCACAGCCGCCACCACCCCCCGCCCAACAUCCGCAAGCGCCCAAUAAUGCAACAGUCACGGCAUCACAAAUGGCCCCGUCACCACCCACACAGUCCAAUACAGCUGGCGGUGCGUCGUCUGGGUCCGCAACUCAAUCACACAGUAUGGUGGGGGGCGGUGGUGCAGGUAGUAUAUCCGUCGGCGGCGGAAGUGUCAACGCUGGCAAUAGUGCCAGCGCCACAAAUAUCGCCCGCCAACAUGCGGCGGCUAUCGCAGCGGCAGCUGCUGCCGCCAACAAUGGCGCCAAUAUGCAACAUUACGCGACUGGGACGGCGCUCAUGCAACCGCCGGCGACGAGUACGGCAUUCAUGACCUCCAAUUACUUGCAACAGUAUCAGCAACAGACGGCGGCAGUAAUCGCCGCUGCUGCAGCGGCUGCACAGUACAACAAUAAUGCCGCGGUAGCAGCAGCUGCAGCUGCAAAUAAUCAUGGCGGACCAGGCGCCAAUACACAAGCUGCUACCACGCUGUACCAACAACAACAGCAGCAACAUCAUCAAGCGCUUCAUCAUCCACAGACAGCGCUGCAUACUCACUACUAUCAUACGGGCGCUGGCGCUGCACCAACGCCGCCACCACAUCUACACCCACACCACCAUCCACAACAACAUCAGUUGCGUGGCGUACUAACAGCGCCACCACAUCAACGACAGCCACAAACCGCAUACUUGUUGCCAGCAAAUGCGAUAUUCGCCUUGCCGCCGGGUCCACUAACGGCUGCGCCGCGUACGUCACUGCUUGCCGCCGGCGCACAUCAACAGGCAGGCAAUGCUGGCGGUGGGAUGCCGGUCACUCCGCUGUUGCAAUCUGGUGCACGUGGUGCAGCUGGCGGUCCAACCGCGUACAUUACUUCACCAUUUUGUCAACCGCCACUUCCGAUGGGCGCAGCUGGGCUGACGCAACCCCAACCUUUGCUGGCGACACCGUCCGCCAUGACACAGCAAGCAUUACAAACCUAUGGACAUUUAGCCGGCGCGGCUGUUUCUAACUCAUCGUCGACGACAUCUCUGACUGCUGGCGGCGGCGGCCUCGUUGCUGGCAGUACAGUUGGCAGCGCGGUCGGCGGUAGUGGCAUUGGGACUGGUGGCACAGAAACAGUCAAACCACGUAAACACGCUAUACCCAUAAUACACCCUAUCACACAUGAGAAUAUAUUGGACCCGAAGCCACAGAAAAAAAGUACUGCGGUAGAAGCCAAGCCGCCGCCCAUUGACAUAGCGGCCGGUACACAGGAGACCGCAGCCAGCGGCAGUGACAAGUCGAUUACUGUUUCCAUCGCAAAGACGCCAACAGUGACAGCCAUUGUUAUGACGAAGGAUCCGCACAACGAUGGCGGCGCCACUACAGCAGCGGUGAGUGUUGCGGUGCAAAGCUCUACGUCAAAGGAGAAGAUCGAUCAGCAAAUGCAAACAGACGCGGUGCGUGAUCGUGAUCAUAGCACAGGCAGACGUGUGAGCGCAUACGAUGCGUCUGCGGCCGACACCUCUCCGGCCACUUCCCAAAUUUCCGGAGAUGAGGAUACUGACAAUUAUGUUUAUGGCGACUUGAAGGCCGCUCGUGGCAACGAUUCCAACGCCGAUUCAAAUGAGACAGCCUUGUAUUUGAAUGAGGACGAACGCCAGCUUGAUUCGUGUGCAGAACAAACGGAAAUGCACGCUACAACUAUUAUACACAGCGUGACCGGCGACGACGGUGAAGACAGCAAUUACGAUGAUGAGUCUACAUCGCUGAUGUUGGACAUUGCAGAAAACGAGCUAGAAAAUUCGGAAUUAAUAGAUGUCUACGAUGAGGCGCAAGACAUACAACAGCAACAUUUUACAGACAAUGAUAUUGAGAGCAGGUACGCACUAGAUCGACAAGAAGAAUCGGAUAUUUCCGCUGUGACCUCUGCGACCACACUUAGUGGCGGCGAGGAGGACAACAACAAGUCUCAUUUUAGUUUUCAGUCCGAGCAGACGUCUACAAUGACGGUGACAGUUUAUCCAGUACAGUCGGGUCAGCGCUCAGAAUACGCAGAGCUUCAAACUGCAGACAACGACAACUUGCGCUCGAACACAGAUACGGAGUUUAUACCUGCCAGCAUGGCAAAGUUACAACUUAAGACUAGUAAAUCAAAUACUGCAACCACUACUGGCAUCACUUCUACGCCAACCAUGGCCGGCCCAACAUCAGCUGCCGGUAAAUCAACGACUCAAAAGCAUUCGCCCAACACUUCAGGUGCAUCCUCAUCGGCUACAUCGACACCCACACACCAUUCAUACACACAGCCACAACAAACACAACGACAACAGUAUCAAAAACAACAGCAUACACAGCAACAGCAACAACCACAAAGAAAAACUGGCACCAACACAUGCACAGUGGCGAAUGUACAAGCCGGUGUAGGCGGCGGUGCUGGCGGUAGUAGUAGUCCAUCAAUAACGCAGAGCAACGCUACAGUUAAGGUGUUCCAAAAGAAGGGUCGCAAGGCGUCGAAGCGCGAAAAGAAGCUCAAUAAACAGUGUGAGGUUAAUAGCCAACGCGCGAAUGCAGCAACACUAAGCAGCAGUAGCAACAGCAGCAGCAGCAACAAUAACAAUAACAAUAGUAUUAGUAAUAAUAGCGAUGGUGGCGGUACCGGCACCGGCGGCGGCGUCGGCUUCGGUGGCAGUAGCAGCAGCAGCAGCAACAACAAAAGUAUAUUAAACAAUGCCAAUAAUAAUUUUAAUAAUAAUUUAGCAACUAAAAAUAUGACAACAACAACGGCAACGUCAACAACAACAACCCAAAUCCCGACUGAUAUAAUUAAUGCAAAUAGUUCUAGCGAUAACGGUAAUUUAAGAGAAACGACAACAACAUCAAAUUUACAACAACAACAACAUUCACAUCAACACGCACUACAACAAUGUAGCGGCAGUGUGACGAAAAGCGGGAGUCUAACACGUGACACACCAACGCCAACAAACACAAAAAGUGACUCCAUAACGGACCUACAUCAAGUGGCCGAACGUGCUUCGCCUGCGCCCACAACACAACAACAACCAACGAAACAGCAAGUUGCAGCGCUGCUAGAAGCACCCGGACAACAAUUGCAAUUCCUGAACAGCUCGUCGUCAGCAUGCGAAGAUGAGGAGGAAAUGAGCACACGCCUGCAAAUGCAGUUGGAACAAGAUGCUGCUGGAGCAGCGAACAAUGUACAAGACAUUCGGUUCGGUGAUUUCGCCGAGGAGAAAGACCCACAGAGUCCGGCAUCGCCAACAACAAAUGUGGCACAGCAACAGCAACAACAAAUGCAGCAAUCACAACCUGCCGAAGCUAGUUCAACACAAAAAGAUAUGCCACAAGCUAAAACAGUUUCUUCGAAGGAUACCGUCGACUGUAUGCUAAAUGCCAGCACGACAACGCUCUUGAAGCAGAACAGCGUACAGAAUACACGUGUCGCCCUGAAAGCGCUAAACGCAAACAAAACGAAUAUCAACACACCAGCGAGCGCGCCAGUUAGCGUUGUUUCUCCGCCAAAGCCGCUUAGAUACACAAUAGAUGAACUGAAGGCGCUCUCAAAGUCCAGCGAGGCGCGUAAGCCGCCAAUGGUGUCGUGUCAGCGCGGCGAUUGCAUUUCUCAAUUAUUUGUUUCGCGUCAGCAACAUCAUCAUUUGACACAUCACGCACACAAUAUGUCCUCACUGGCGCUGCACCAGCAUCUGCAGCAGCAGCAAUAUCAACACAUGAACUUCAAUGAAUCGCUGGAGUUGGUCAGCGGUAAGCGAGGACGCAGCGGCCAGGCGAAAAAACAUCACGAUCACCAAUCGGGCGGGGGUGCUAUGAGCGGUGUGCUUAGCGUGGCGGCCGCAGGCGUCAGCGGUGCUAUGGUUGUGGGUGGCUUGGGCGGUGUUAUGAGCGCUCAACAGCAGCGUAAAGUUGACUUUAUACGCGUGCAGUUGUCGCUGAAGGAGGAGAUAAAGCUGUCCGAGUGUGAGAAUGCCUGGCAGCCGGAAACAUUGCGCAGCAAAUCGAAUAACGUAUCACCGUCGGGAGCCAAUGAUGACAUUGAUGCCGUGCUGAAGAAGGUACGUGGCGUGCUGAACAAGCUGACGCCAGACAACUUCGACGUACUGCUCAAAUCGAUGACCUGCAUCACCAUGAAUACACAGGAAAAAAUGCAACAAGUGAUGCUGUUAAUAUUCGAAAAAACCGUUAGUGAACCAAAUUUCGCGCCCACAUACGCCAAAUUCUGCAAAGUGCUUUUCCAAAGCAAAACCGAGAGCAAAUCGCUCUUCUCGAGCCUACUGAUCAACCGAAUUCAACACGAAUUCGAAACAAAUGUGAACAAUGCCGAUGCAAAAAAGCUGAAAUUGCAACCGCUAGUCGAUAAGCUAGAGAUUUGCGAAGAUUCGAAAGAGCGGCUGGAACUACAGGCCGAACUGGAGGAUCAAGAGUACCAAUUUCGACGUCGUGCUUGGGGCACCGUACGUUUUAUUGGUGAAAUGUUUAAACAACAGUCACUAACCAAUGAUCGUGUGUUCAUGUGCAUCGAAUCGCUACUGGAACACGGCUCCGAAGAGAAGCUAGAGUACAUGUGUAAGUUGCUCACCACCGUUGGACAUCUGCUGGAAUCAGCCGAUAAUGCCAACAAUGCGCGAAUGGAUAAAAUCUUUCGCCGAAUACAGGACAUCAUACAUAAAUCGCGCAGCAAUAAGUCCGUCGCUGUGAGCAGCCAUUUCAAGAUUAGCAGUCGCGUGCGCUUCAUGAUGCAGGAUGUCAUGGACUUGCGCGCACGCACCUGGGAUCAUCAGCUGUCGCAAACACAGCAACAACAGAUGUCACAACAACAACAACAACAGCAGCAGCAAAACACACAGAAGCGUACAGCGAUUGGUGCCAAACAGGAUGACAAAAUGCAGAGCGGCAUCGGUGGCGGCGGUGGCGGCGGCAACAUGUACGAUAAAAGCAAUCGGCUAGGGAACUACGGCGGCAGCAGCAGCAUCGGGGGUAACAUGGGCGGUGGCAGCGGCAAUCAGGGCAACCGACACUACUUUCAAAAAUCACAAAAGUCACAGCAAUUUAUGCAACAGCAUGAGCAACAGAAACUAAAUAUCGAUCCGAACAAAUUGAAAUUCACCAGCGAUGAGGUAACACAAAGCACACCGAAACUUGGCAACUCAAUCAACUACCAAUGGCGUUCGUCUGGACGCCAAACCGCGGCCAGCGGCAGCAGUAAUACACCCGCAACAUUGCUGAGCCUAAGCACGACGAAUGCGUCGAACGGCAGCGGUUUCAAGCGUCAAACCGCCACGUUAAGCGGCGCAAAUGCAACGACAAUGUCACCAAUGGCCAACAAUCCAUUUCAGGUGCUCGAUAGACCGGAAAAGAUGUACGAGCAAAGCGCAAGUGAGGCAUCAUCACCGCAGGAACCGAAAGACAUACAAUACGCUUUGGAAAAUCUGGAUUUGCAGGACCUGAGUAAAAACGAAUGCCAAAAACUGCUCAACCGGCUGAUCGAGGAGCUAUUGGAUGCGAGCAGCAGUCGCAGCAGCAACGCCAGCAAUAGUUGGCAACAAGAGGCGGUCAACGAGUGGUGCCAACUCAAUCGCCGCCAACAGAAAUCAUUGCUCAACUAUAUAUUCACCGACUAUCUGCACUUGACAACCGUGAAGCGUGCGCAACGCAAAGCCUGCGCCGCCAUCUUCGUGCAUUUGAUGCGCACCAAAGUGUGCGAACCGCAACUGUUCAAUGUGGUCUACAAAGAGUUGGCCGACGAACUGCCCGAUCUGCAGGUCGACGUGCCCAACCUCUGGACGUACGUAUUCGAAUUUAUCGGUCCACUAUUGCACGAACAACUUUUGCAUUUCACUGACAUUUGGCUGCAACAAUGGUCGGCCGACGAACACUUCACGAAACGUUUCCUACAUGCGCUCAUCACCUACUUCACCACAGAAUUUGGCGCCACUUACACGCGCGAACUCUGGAAUAAGGUGUUCAAAUUGGAUCAUGGCCAACAAUUUAUGAGCGAUAAUGCGCAAUGGCGCGAAUUCAUCAACACGCAUGGCUUUCAGUAUAUACACGAUCGUACAUACAAGCCACCGCAGCAGCCGGCUACGUCCACGUCGACACAUCCCGCUGCCAUAGUGGAGCAAGUGAUGCGCAUUGAGUAUUUAUUGAAUGCGGUGAAUGGCUGCGAUCUAGCCAUCGACUAUAUAAAUACGAAUGUGCACAUAAACACACACUUUAUACGCAGCCUUACGAAAUUCCUCUGCUGUGAUUAUGCAACUGUGAUGCCAACGUCGACUUCGGAACUAAGUAGUAGCACGAGCCGCUUACGGCAAUUGGACACAGAACUGUUCCGACACAAGUGCAUACCGUUGCUAAGACGUUGCCUAGACGGUCUCGAAACGCAUGAGCUGGCCUGCCUUGACGCCAUCGUUGACGCGCUGCAACAAAAUUACGACGCACCAACUGCCAAUCAGCUGAUAUGUAGUGUAUUCGAUUUGAUUUACGACAGCGAAGUGAUACCGAAAGAAUCCUUCGACAAGUGGUAUCGUGCCGAGCAGCAAAGUGCCGCUAAAGAAGCGAAUGUGUCGAAUAGCAACGCGCUGUACUCAGCGGCGGUAGCUGGUCUAGCGACAGCCGCCAGCAAAGCGAGCAACAAUGGCGGUGCGCGGCUGAAUGAAGAACUACACGCUUACAUGGAGAAACUGCUCUAGCGCCGUAGGCGCCAACUACGCACGGAUAAGUAUAAGCAAAAAUCACAACAACAGCAACAACAAUACAGUAACGGCGAAGGAGUUGGUGGCAGUGGUGGCAACGUAGGCUUGGCUAAGAAGCAACGCAACUUUGCGACGCUGCUAUUCCAGUGAAAUGCAGCUAAGAGUGGCACAGAGAGAGCGAGAGGAGGGAGUGCGUUGGAGAGGAGUGCACUAAAUCGAAGGAAAUCAUAUUAAAAUUAAUUAGAACAAGUAUAGCGAAAAUUGCGUAGACACAUUGGAUCAUUGGAUGUUGGGCUCAUGUAUUGUCGCCGCCAGCGUAGCACCUCUUCACAAGACCCCCAUGCAACAAUAAUUCAAGAGCAGAAAAAGAAAAAAACACAAAAAAAAACAUUUAAAAUUUAGCACUGUAUAUAUAUGAAAACUGCAUAUUUUUAGCUGGAUAAACGAAAGACAUAAGAAAUGCAAGAGCAACAAAACACAACAAACAAACAAAAAUCAUAGGCAAAAACUAAUACUAAAAACAAAAAAAACAAACAAAAAUUAAAGAAAUGAAAAAGCAAAAUAACAAAAACUAAAAAUUCAAAACAAACUACUAUAUUAGCGUGUGUAUGUGUGUCUGCGUGUGUACAUAUUAGCAUGUAAGAUAUUUAACGAGUAACUUUUGAAAAGUUUUCGGUAAACAAAAACACAAAAAAAACAAAAAAACACAAUCCACAACUAUUUGGUCUCAAAGGCGUAUUUCAAAAAUCGUCUCCCUAACAUUUUUUAUGUUUUCUUUUACUAACAUUUUACAAUUUGACAAAAUCAAAUUUAAUGCGCCAAUACUGGUCUUUGGCCACACCCCUUAAUUUUAUUUUAAUUGCUUUCCUCAUUUUUUUUUUGUUUUUUGGAAACUCCAAAGAGUAUUAAAAAGAAAUCUCACUUUUUUGUUGCAAGUGAAAAAUGAAAAACUGACGCUUACACUUAUACAUACAUAAUAUUUUUGUAGUACAAUUAGUCUAAAAAACACAACUGUAAAUGAAAUAUUUAAAACUUAUAAUUUUUGCAUCAUAGCAGUUAGUACACUUGAAUCUCUCAGCAAAACUGCAAGGCAAGUGUAAGAAUGAACCAUUCAAUGGCGGUGGCAAGCAGAAGGCACAUCAAAAUAACUGCAUUACGUUACGUUAUGACGUAAACGUAAGCAAAAGCGUCAAAUCUACACGUAUUUGCAAGUGAUUUCUGCGCGUACCGUUACACAUCAUUCCUAUUUUCGUAUAUAUACCCAUAUAUAUAUAUAUACAUAUAUGUAAAAGCUUAAGCAAAUAUCGCAACAUUAAAGAUAUGCAUACUCACACGCACAUUAUUUAUUUAUCAUUUAUUUAACAUCAAACAUCAUUCUCAUUAACUCAUUGUCGUCUGUCGUACUCGCUGUCUUGCCUUGCCUUAAACUACUUUUCAUUGACGCCUGUCACUGGUCCCGGUUUGGGUCUAUGUACAGGCUCAAAACACUCACAUACAUAUUGAGCCAUUCCAUUGCCACACACUCUAACCGCAAGCAUAUGCAAACGAAGCUAUUUGUGUACUUCCUUUUUAGUGCAUUUUCGUAUUUGUUUUGGUACUCGUUUUUUACCGUUAAGGUAUACUAAUGCUAAAAAUUCUCUAUAUAACACACACACACAUACAACCGUUUAUUCCAUAUGUAUGUAUAAAAUCGCAUAUUGCAUUUGAGUGGUGCAACACAAAUGCAGUUGUCAUGCAGUAAAUUUAAGUAUUUUUUGUUUUUGUUUAUAUAAUAUUUUUUGUUUAAGAAAAUUUUAUGUUUUUAACUUACUCGUCGAUGUCGAGUAAGCACGUUGAAACUAUUUGUCUGAAUUCUGUGAUCGGAAUUAUUAUUUUAAUUUUAAACAAAAACGAAAUUAAUCAAAUCUCAUACACACACACACACAUACAAAUAUACAUAUAUACUACUUAUAUAAAUGUAUUAUAUAUAACCGUUAUAAUUCAUAAUACAAAAUUGGCUAUGUUUCGUGUAAUUGUUGAAUGAAGUACAGUAGCGUGAAAUUGACGAAAUUUAUAAGAAGAAGUUCAGAACACAUAACCCCCGCUCCCCCCACACACACGUGCACACUAACAAUGAAUGCACCGUAUGAAAAACAAUAACACUGCAAGUGAAAAAUUUCGUAAAUUACAAAAGCGCAUACAGAAAUUCCAAAGGAUUGUUGUAACUUUUGUUUUCAAACUCAAUGAAAAAUACAAAAUGUUGUAAAACGUUCGAUGAUAAAAAUGUUUCAAAUAAAAAAAAAAACACAAAAUAAACCAAAAUUUACUAAUUUCAUAUAACUACAUAUAGGAAAUUUCGAGUGGCUGAGCAUCGUGCUUUUAGAAUGAACCGUAUUAAAUUAGAGCAGUAUGAAAAUAUAAUAUGUACCCUGUGCGCUUCAAGCCGCCUUUAUUUAUUUUCUAUGUAAAACAUAAGCUACAUACAUACAUACAUUUAUACAUAUAUAAACAGAAAUACAUAUGUAUAUUUCAAUAUUUUA